CUAAUCCAGGAUGUUUGUCUGUCGUCUAGUAUGUGCAUCUAGCAACGAUGUUUACAAUAAAAAUAUUAGGCAUUGUUAUUCUUCGUUGCAGUGACCAUGAAAAAAACAACUAGAUGACCACGGAAGACGUGUAUUUCUCUCAUUUGUUGCACUUUGAAUGAGCAGCGGGGAUUGAAUGGUCACUGAUUGCUGUCCUCGAGGAUUGCAGCUUGGCCUGUCAGUGCUUCUAUUACAAUCAUGUUUAUUUCCUAACGAUGGCAGCGAGGGGCACCAUAUAAACUAAAUGACAGUCAGAAAUAUCGCCUCCAUUUGUAAUAUGGGCACCAAUGCCUCUGCUCUGGAGAAAGACAUUGGUCCAGAGCAGUUCCCCAUUAAUGAACACUACUUUGGAUUGGUCAAUUUUGGGAACACAUGUUACUGUAACUCAGUGCUCCAGGCUCUGUAUUUCUGCCGGCCGUUCAGGGAGAAUGUGUUGGCAUAUAAAGUUCAACAGAAGAAGAAGGAGAACCUUCUUACCUGUCUGGCCGACCUCUUCCACAGCAUUGCAACGCAGAAGAAGAAGGUCGGCGUGAUCCCGCCCAAGAAGUUCAUUUCACGUCUGCGGAAGGAGAACGACUUGUUUGAUAACUACAUGCAGCAGGACGCUCAUGAGUUCCUGAACUACCUGCUGAACACAGUGGCUGACAUCCUGCAAGAAGAGAAGAAACAAGAGAAACAGAAUGGACGGCUGAAGAACAACAGCACUGACAUUGCCACGGACACCGAGCCAGAACAGAACAAGAUCGAGCCCAGCUGGGUUUAUGAUAUCUUCCAGGGCACAUUGACCAAUGAGACACGCUGUCUUAACUGUGAGAUGGUCAGUAGCAAGGAUGAAGACUUCUUGGAUCUGUCUGUAGAUGUUGAGCAGAAUACUUCAAUAACACACUGUCUCAGGGGCUUUAGUAAUACAGAGACCCUGUGCAGUGAAUAUAAAUACUACUGUGAGACGUGCUGUAGCAAACAAGAGGCCCAGAAACGUAUGCGUGUAAAGAAGCUACCCAUGAUCUUGGCUCUUCAUUUGAAGCGGUUUAAGUACAUGGAGCAGCUGCAUCGGUACACUAAACUGAGUUAUCGCGUGGUGUUUCCUCUGGAGCUCCGCCUAUUCAACACCUCCGGAGAUGCGGUCAAUCUCGACCGCAUGUAUGACCUUGUCGCUGUGGUGGUCCACUGUGGAAGUGGCCCAAACAGAGGGCAUUACAUCACCAUUGUAAAGAGUCAUGGCUUCUGGCUGCUGUUUGAUGAUGACAUUGUAGAGAAAAUUGACGCACAGGCAAUAGAGGAGUUCUACGGUUUGACCUCUGAUAUUUCCAAGAACUCAGAGUCGGGAUAUAUCCUGUUCUAUCAGUCCAGAGAAUGAAGGAGUAGAGGGAGAAUAGGCAAAGGACAGAGAGAAGAGGGGGUCAGAAAAUGAAUGUUUUGACAUUCAAUAGAUUCCUUUCCCACAUCCCUCUCCCUUUCCUCAUGCUUAAACUCAGGGUCUACAGCUGAGACUGAGUGCCAAAAGCCCUCUGUUACCCAUUUGCCAAUACUACUUCUCCUGGAAGUCCCAUUCUCCCAGCUUCGCUGCACUGUGGGAAUGUACAUCUUCAAAUCUGACCCUCACAACAGUCACCUGCAUCUGGAAGGCACUUUAUAAACAAACACAAUAAGUAACACUAAAGCAACACAACAAAAAUCACAACAUAUUCAACUUGAAGGAAUCAAAAAGCUACAAAAGGAGCAAUGGCAACAAUGUAUCUCAUAGACUGUUUUGAGUCCUGGUACUUUACCAACAGUGGCUGUUUCUGUCCAUUCAGUGCCCAGUAAAGUGCCUCUCACACUGGGUAUCUGAAAUUAGGAAAAGGAUUUCUCUGUUUAUUCCGGUCUUAUAAGGUCAGGGAUCAGGGAACCCAUUUAGGGUCAAUUUAGAAGUUUUGUACUGUGAUGCACACCCAUCAGUUUCAGUCUCAACUCUUAGAGAGACUCCUACCUAUCCUCAGUUGCCAGCCAGUCAGCACAUCCUUGUUCAGUCAUGGUCUCCGGGCUGUGUUUUGCUUUGGAUUUAGGUAUGUUGUGGGAAUCAGAAUUUGGAUCUGAGCAGUCUGUUACAGUGGUGAGUGUUUGUGGGUACAUUUCUGAUGCAAAGAUUUAAAGGUGUGCGUGUGUUUGUGGUCCACCGAUAUAGAUUUUUAUUAGCUGAUACUGAUAUUUAGACAGCAGUGUGGCCAAUAUAAUGCCACUAUAAAGAAAUACCAAUUAAAGGUUCACUCAGUUCUUUUUUCCUCAUUUAAAAAAAAAAAUAAUAAUAUUUGGAUCUACAGUAAUUUAAUGGAAAAUAAGCAAGUUGAGCUUCGUGGCAUGGCAGAAAUUUGAAUAGCCUCCAUAGUCAUAGGUGGGCGUACAUUCAGGAAACAAUUGUUUCAAAUUUUAGCCAGAUGUGUCCGGUGUGCAUCCCGGCUUCCUUUGUUGUGUCCUGCCAUGGACACCAUGCCUAUGUAAUAUAUUCCAUAUAGUAGACUCAUUAACAGAGAUGUUAGCCAGUUCCAAUGAUACCUUUAAGUCUUUAGCUGUUACUCUAGGGUUCCUUUUACCACAAUGAGCAUUCUACUAUGUGCCCAAUGAGUCAUCUUGGCUGGACGGCCACUUCUAGGGAGAAUAGCCACAGUACUAAAUAAGUCUCUAUUUAUAGACAGUUUGUCUAACUUUGGACAGAUGAAUAUCUAAGUUCUUCGAGAUAACUUUGUAACCCUUUGCAGCUUUAUGCAAAGAAACAAUUCUUGAUCGUAGGUCUUCUGAGAUCUCUUUUGUGCGAGGCAUGGUCCUUGUAAGCAGAUGCUACUUGUAAAUAGCAAACUCAAAAUGUUUGAGUGCAUUUUAUAAGUCAAAAUAGCUCUAACCCACACCUCCAAUCUUGUUUCAUUAAUUAGAUGCAAAGUUUGCAUCAGUAACCUUAUAAAAGCUGUUUUAUUCUACAUGGAGAUGGUCUCCUCAUGGGGGCUGCCAUGUUGAGAUCGCUUGACCAGCCGAUUACUACUGGCUUAAACUAUGUAACCACCUUGAUAUUGGACACUUCCCCUCAUGGAUUAAAUUAAUAAUUGCCAACUAUGGUUAUUGAUUUCUACAAUAGCAUUGGUAACUGAAAACUAUUGCGUUUGAAGGAUGUUGCAUCCACGCCCCUAAGAGUCCAAGUCCAAGAUGACAUAAACAACAUAAAAAAGAUAAUUACUGAGUGCACCUUUAAUGAUAACAAAUAAGAAUUUAAAUAAAAUUCAACUGUUCACUUAUUUGACACAACAUUUACUUAUAUUAACUCAAAAAUAUUGAAAAACAGAAACUGUGUGACAUGGCUGUCGGUUGAUCUGUAAUCUCAGAAUGGCAAAUUAUCAGCCCAUUAAUCGGCCUGGCUGAUAUAUCGGUCUAUUACUGGUGUGCGUGUGUGUGUGUGUGGGUCUGCAUUUAGACUUUGAAAUGGCUUUCCUUUUCAUUCAGAAAUAGAAGCAGUCAUGUAACCAUGUGGAGCGUUUAAAGCAAAGUGCUUUUCAAGGCAAGUUAGUCCACUAGGCCACUAUCUUUGGAAUGCCCCCCGGGCAGCUAUUUUCUAUGGAUUCAAGCAGCAUGAACGUACAGCUCCUAUCUACUUGAAUGGGGAAAGACCAAAAUCUCCAAAACAGUUGGUCAAGAGCAGUAUAAUCUGACAACAGUGGUAUCAUAAAUUGUGCUUCUUUAGCUCAGAUCACAUAAAAAAAAACACUAUUUUCCUGCCUCACAUCACUUGAAAGAUAAAACGAAAAGAAAGAGUUGUCCUAUUGGGGGCUUUUUCUUUUCCAGUAACAAAGCAAAUGUGCAGAAACACAAGGCUGAAAUGCUGCUUUCCUCUCCCUCUUCAUUCUAAUUGCUUUCUUAACAACAACGUUGUUACCCAACUUCCACUGUAGGUAAUGGCCUUACACUGAAGUGUGCAUUAGCAACCCCACAUUCAGCUCUUGGUUUUCUUUUGUGUGUGUGCGUGUGUGGGUGUGGUUAGUCUAGCUAUACUGUUUUGUAGUACACCCAGUCUUGUGUGCCUAAAUCUGCCUAGCCCAAUUGAUGUCUUCGGAGUUAGACAUAAGUUAGUGUGAUUUUGUCAAUCUAAAUGAUCUAAACGAUAGUGUACAUGGUCACUGAACUGUCACCUUUAGUUCAACCUUUAUAAUACAGAAUUAGAAUUCAAUAUAUUUUUGUUAAAAAUGUAUAUUUCUAACAGUGGCCGGACUCAGGGCCAUCAUUAAACUUCUAUGUGUGGACAUCUUGUUCCCUUAGCCCAAUGUGUAGGCUGUACCCAUUCAGAAUGUUUACACGCACUUUAAAAGUUCAAUUUCAAUUUGACUAAAACAAUACUAAUACCUAGUCUUUUACAAAAGUAAUGAAAAGGCUUGACUGAAACAGUCCAAAGUUUGUAAAGUUGGACUAACUGACCUACAGUAGAUAAUACGAUCAGAAGCUUGGUCUCGUCCAGAAUGUAUAUUCAUUAUUGGACCACAAUUGGCUUCGCCAUUGCUCGCAGGCUCCAAAAGCCAAAGGGGGUGCGUGAUUUGUGUUUAACCCACUAUAUUUGUCCUCUUUCUUCAAAAAUUCUAUUAAGCAUUGGGUCAUGUAUACUUGGACCAGACAGAUGAAGACUGUUUCUUGACUACGCAAAAACCAGUUGAAGCUCUUUUAUAACUGUGGACCUUAGUGGGGCCCCCAUAUCAUAGGGCCCGGGACAAAGUUCUUUUGAUAGUUUUCCCUUGCAACUUCCACUCUGUUCAUUUGUUAGAAGCAAGGUGACAAGGUGAUUUUAUUUUAGCAUUACUGUUAUUUACAAUAAUUUUAGAUCAGUUUUACAGUGUCUUUUUAAUAGGGUUUUUGUAGGAGAAACUUUAAAUAAAACAGCAGCAGCCCUCAGAGCACUGUAAUGUGUUCUGUAAAGUUCAGCUUCACAGAAUGUGAUAGGACUUGCUGUUACAAUAAGAACAUGCGCACUAUUCUUGCAACUUUGUGAGAUGGAUACAUUUAUUUGAGAGGGCUUUUACUAAGUUAGUAAAGAUAGUCCCCCAUCUGAGAAGAUCAUUAUCUGAAACAUUUGGGAAACUUAAGCCCGAGAAUCGUGAUUUGAAAUUAAUUCCAUAUUUUAACAUGUUGGGGGUCGCAAUAAAGGUGCAAUACAGGGAAAAGAUGGACAAUCCAUGUCACAAUGUUCUCAUUUUACACUGAUGUUUCUACACGUUUUUUUUUUUUUAAACCAAGCUCUAGUCAUAGAAACACUAACAAAGAAACACUUGAUACUCCCAUUCAUUCAUCGUAGCUUUUUAAAGACCAUGCUGAUGUUUUCUGCCUAGUCUCACAUUACUAUACCUAUAUUUUUGCAAAAGUAUUUUUACAAAACAACAAUGACUUUUAUUCACUUUCCCACAAGUAAAAGUGCAAAUUAUCAGUUCAUAAACACUUACUUUCCCCUUUCCACAAUGCUAUCUUAUGAAAAUUAAACACUUUACUUUAGUGCAUGACUUGUAAGGUGGCGUUUUAACAUCUGCAUUACAUAAACAACUACAUUUAUAAGCUUGUUCACGUGCAAUCUAAUUGUGCGGUUGCUCAACUGAUAAAAAGUAACACUUGCGAUACAAAGGACUGGAGCAGGAGUCAUGAAGAACACAACACAUUCAGCACAUAAUAGUAGAAUGAAUGGUUUGAAAAUAAGAGACUAAUUAACAAUUUGAGAUUUUAUGAUGAUACAUGGAGUUAUCAAGAUUUGAUAUUCAUCCACAUUUGCUCAAGAGCCCGAUCCAUUUGUUGUACCACACUCCUCUUGCACAUGGCUUAUUACAUUGUAACAAUGGUGUAAUUAUAUGUUAAUGACACACUACAUGCAAUAUGUGUAACAACACAAUGUAAGAUUAUACACUGACUAUGCAGUGUUUUUUUUUUUUGUUUGUUUGUUUGUUUCUUGAUGGAUGUUGACUGAUUAAUUGGUGAUUAUUAUAAUUAUUUAGGUAUUGGUUUAAUCAAACAAACAGAAAUGUGCCAAAAUCUUUCCUUCAUACUGGAACACAAAAGAGAACUCUCUAUUCAUCAGUGAUUCAUAAAACUAUUCAUAAAUAUAUGUAGACAAAGGGUGAAUUCAGGUUUAGUGGAACAACUUGUAAAUGACGAAACUUACAUUUUGAAGUGUAUAGCAUAGUGGAAAUCUUUAGCUAUUUCAAAUGGCAUUUUGUGAGGGGUGAAGCCAUUUGGAAUCAGAUUUUAAAACAACAAGGACAAAUGAUCAGAAAGUGUCUCACUUUUCCUGUAUUCACUACUCUUGUUAGAAAUAAAUUAUAUGCAUGGGGAGGUCAAGUUUGCAAAUGAAGAUAUAAAACCCUACGGAAUGUGUUUGUCAGAAAUGGUAUUGUUUGAAUACCGUUUACAAACUUGCACCAUUUUGAUGUAAAUUCUAUAGAAUUAGCUGUUUCUAUGGCAAGUGCUCUGUUGAGGUUUUAAAGAAGUACUGUAUCUAAGUAUGCUUAAUACUGUGAGUUACAUAUCCCCACACAUGUACAUAAACAUCUUGAUGCGUUAAGUGGUUAAUGAACCUAUUAGUCUGUCACUUUACACCAGUAAUACAGUUUCACCCCUUGUAUGCAAAAAUUCACCUGCCUGUUUUGUCCUCUUCCAAUGUGAGUGUGUAUUAUUUUAGGUCCAAAAAAGAGAUGUAUAAUGAUGUGUGUAUGUUUGUGUGUCUGAGAGAGAAAAAUACCAGGACUCAAACUGUAAAGGAAAGUGUGAUAACUGUAAGUGCACUUUAUCAUAGCAGAACCAAAAAGGUUUCUCUUAGGAACUGGAAUCCUGACUGAGAUUCUUUUGGUUUAUUUUCCUGUCCUCAAUAAAUAAAAACGCAACU